ACACCACAUCACCAGUGAAAUGGAAAUUGGUUUAGUGCAAGGAAAGAACUGUUGACUGCAAAGCAUGGCGCGCUAUAAAAACCUUUGGGUAUGUUUGAAUCAGCAUCAGUCGAAAGCUGACAAUCACCCAAACAACUUUGAAAAUUGCGGAUCAGAAAAAUUUUGAGAUGUUGAACAUAAAAACUGUGUUGUGUUUGGCAGCCGUGUUGGUUGCAGUAAUGGCCGAGCCUGAACCUCAACAUUACCCCAAUACUUUCUUUCCUCCACCAACUUCUUACCCUAAACCAGAAUACCCCGAACGAGCUCCAGCGUACCCCAAACCUUCCUAUCCUACUCCAGCACCAGCCUAUCCAAAACCAGCUUAUCCUACUACACCUGCCUACCCCAAACCAGCUUAUCCUACUACACCAACCUAUCCAAAACCAGCUUACCCUACUACACCAACCUACCCAAAACCAACUUACCCUACUACACCAGCCUAUCCAAAUCCAACUUACCCUCCUCCAGCCUACCCAAAGCCAGCAUAUCCUUCACCAGUGCCAACUUAUUACCCCAAGCCAUCCUAUCCCCAACCUGCAUACCCUGCACCUUAUAACCAAAAGUACGAGAGCGAAUACUGUGACUCUCGCAAGGCCCCCAAAUGCUCGAAAAACGGCACUCUGACCUUUUGCCUUGAGGAUUCUGAAUACCCCGAGAAAGAAGUCAAGUACGCCAUCGAUUACGACCCUAUUAUUUUGAAGAAAUAUGCUGAUGUUGCAGAACAGUCGGCUGACAACUUGGUCGAUGGUCUGACAUCUUUAGCCGAGAAACAUUUCGACUAUUCUGAUUACCACGGCAACACCUUCGAAAAGGGCAACUGGGUUGGUGGUGAAGGAUACAUCUGCCCCAGUGAUGUCCUUUACGCCCGCCCUGUCCGCGCAAUCAAUGCCGAAGGUGAGUGGCGCGUCAUCGUCCAAGAAAUGGCCUGGCCCGGAUACACUCAGACCCAGCGCACCGAGACUUGUUUGUUCCCCGGCUCAUCUUGCCGCACGUUGGCACCUUGCUAUCAGAGCAAAUGCUUGCAAAAAUAUGUCUACCAGCGGAUGCUUUCCUUUGAUCCAUGUGAUCCCCAGAAGGGAAUCUUCAUUGACAUCUACAAGUUGCCAUCGGCCUGUUCGUGUCACAUUUCAGCUUAAAUUCUUACUCGACCCUUCAACAUCCCCCUACCAAAUUUUUACAAUGGAUACUUCAUGAACGAAUAUUAUUUAAAUAAUUUGCUGUCGGAUCAAUAAAAUGAGUUACACUAA